GGAAACUCGGCUGAUCAGAUCAACACUUUUACAGUGUGGGAGAAGCCGAGCGUGAGGCUAGGCGUUAAGGACUCAGUUAUCACUUUAUAUUUAAUCAAGCAUGGCCGUCAAGGCACUCGAUUGAUAUUUUACAUCCUCUGUUUUUAUCUAAUUAACUUUAGAAACUCCAGUGUUUAAAAAAACUCGAGUUUUAAGAGACUGCGCGUGAGUGAAAGAGUUGGGGAGACUCCCUCAUUCGAACCACUUGUGCAUGAUAUUUCUUUCGUUCUCCCGUUUAUUCGGCUCUUUGACGCCUUAUAUAGUUGGAAACCGAUUUAAACGCCUGAAACAUGGGGUGCACCCUGAGCUCGGACGACAAGAGCGCCCAGGAGAGGAGUAAAAUGAUAGACAAAAACCUGCGGGAUGAUGGAGAGAAAGCGUCGCGAGAGGUCAAGCUGCUGCUGCUUGGGGCUGGUGAAUCUGGGAAGAGUACAAUUGUUAAACAGAUGAAAAUUAUCCAUGAGGCAGGCUACUCAGAGGAGGAGUGUAAACAGUACAGAGCCGUGGUCUACAGCAACACCAUCCAGUCCAUCAUCGCCAUCAUAAGGGCAAUGGGCCGCCUUAAAAUUGACUUUGCAGAUGGUGCCCGGGCUGAUGACGCAAGGCAGCUUUUUGUACUUGCUGGCUCUGUGGAUGAGGGAUUCAUGACUGGGGAGCUGGCUGGAAUUAUCCAGCGACUAUGGAAGGAUGCAGGAGUGCAGGCUUGUUUCAGCCGCUCCAGAGAGUACCAGCUGAAUGACUCUGCCUCAUACUACCUGAAUGACCUGGACCGAAUAUCCAGUGCUUCUUACGUCCCCACUCAGCAAGAUGUCCUGAGAACCAGGGUGAAGACUACAGGUAUCGUGGAGACCCACUUCACCUUCAAAGAUCUUCACUUCAAAAUGUUUGAUGUGGGCGGUCAGAGAUCUGAGAGGAAGAAAUGGAUCCACUGCUUUGAGGGUGUGACCGCCAUUAUCUUCUGUGUGGCUCUCAGCGAUUAUGACCUCGUCUUGGCUGAGGAUGAGGAAAUGAACCGAAUGCAUGAAGCUAUGAAGCUGUUUGACAGCAUCUGCAACAACAAGUGGUUCACAGACACUUCCAUCAUCCUGUUUCUCAACAAGAAGGACCUGUUUGAGGAUAAGAUCAAGAAAAGCCCACUUACUAUUUGUUUCCCAGAGUAUGCCGGAUCCAGCACGUAUGAGGAUGCAGCCGCCUAUGUUCAGUGUCAGUUUGAGGACCUGAAUAAGAGGAAGGACACCAAAGAGAUCUACUCCCACUUCACAUGUGCCACAGAUACAAAGAAUGUGCAGUUUGUCUUUGACGCAGUCACUGAUGUCAUCAUCAAAAACAACCUGAAAGACUGUGGGCUCUUUUAAGUUCAGCCAACUCACUGUACAACGUUGAGCGGCCUGAUGUGAAAUCUUUGGGAGAAUCAGAGCGAGAGCAAAGUCAACCAUGAACAUGAAUGUUGAAUGCAUUACUUAACUUUUUAUUUAUGUUCUCUGAACAUUUUAACAUUUUUAGAAAGUUUUAGAAAAAAGUCUUUUGUGUAAAAUAUUUGUAAUAACUGUAAUUGUUGCUUGAUUUAGGUUUAUACUUUGCAGAUCCUUUGUAUUGGAUAUUUUUCACUCUAAGGGUUUUUGGGAACAAUUUUCUGUCUCUACUCUGAAUAUUAAGGUCAUGUGCUUUCACUAUUAUUUGCAGUUCAUGUUGCAGUGCUUUUUUUUUUUUUCUCGACUAAAUUAAGAGCCACUUGCUAUUUAUCCCCAACGUUAUCAUAAAUAUGUUUUCACUUGUGCAUUGAAUAGAGUAUGAAUACAAGAGAAUUUUAAGACCAAAUUACUCUGGGUGAUCGUAGAGCUGUGAAUUUGAAGGGAACAAAGCCAAGCGUUUAGAUAUUUGCACAUUCCUUCCUUGUGUGGUCAAAAUAUAUAUUUUUUUUUAUCAUUUAUGUGAGAAACGUGUAUGGUGAUCUGAGUACACCCACCUUACAAGGACAAUGUGUUCAUGCCAGAUUUGACUGCGAUUGGAAUGAUGGAAAAACUGUGGUGAGACUCUCAUUUGUUAAUGAAUUUGGUCCUCUGCACCUGCAACUCAUGAGCUGUUUUAAUGGAGAACUCUGCAAAAGGUCACGAUAUUUUGUGUGUUCUAUGAAGUAAUGUGAUAACAGGCAUUUUAUUGAUCAAAUGGAACAGUUUAUUUCUAUAAAAGGGACCAAAGGAUUUUACACUUCUGAAUUCCAAUAACACAUUUAUUUUUGCACUAGGUCCAUAUAAUCCAUGUUAUGUAACACAUGAGUCAACCACCUUUACAAUGUAUUGUGUGGUGAAAGAGUGCAGACAACUUUUCUGACAGUAAUGUAUGAUGUUAAAAUGGUUUUAAAUUCCACAUCCCUAAAAUGUCAAAAUGUUGACUAAUAUCCACUAUUUUGCUAAUAAAAAUGCAGUUGCAAUGACGGCA